AUAGGUGUCUGUGUACUGUCUCUCUGUAUUGUUAUAAUAGGUGUCUGUGUACUGUCUCGAUGUGUUGUUAUAGGACUAUAAUACAUGUCAGUUAAGAACAAAUUCUUAUUUACAAUGACGACUCUCUGAUGCUGAGAGUUUCUCUCUUUUGGUUUUCUGUUCCCUCCAGUUGUAUGUCAGUAACAUCAAUGAAGAGUGACCAUUCAAUGGAUUCCCCUCGUUAUUUCAAAGAGAGAGAAAAGGUCUCUCAGCCAAAAGCAGAACCAGGAGAACCAUGUGACAUCUGCUCUGAACGCAAAGCCAUGAAGCUUUGUCUGACCUGCUCUGUCUACUACUGUGAGAAACACAUUAGGAAGCACUUCAUAAUACAAGCACUGAGGAGACACGUCAUGGUGGAUGUCACUGAAGAAGUCGUACUACAGAGAAACACCUCGGAGAAGAAGAGGAGAGAGGAGCAGGAGGAAGAGGGAAGGAGACAGGGACAGGAGGAGGGGCUGAGGUGGCAGACGAGGAAGGAGGACUUUAGGGAAGAGGAGAGGGGGCACCAGGAGGCUGGGGAACAACAGUGCAGAGAGAAGGAGAGGAAGAGAGAGCGAGAGAAGGAGAGGGAGAAAGAGAGGGAGAAGCAGCAGCAAUCGAUAGGGGACUCCUAUGGCUAUACUGGCCAGGUCCAGCCUGAGACAUCCAGGUUAGACAGGGCAAAGUCCAAAUCCAUUCCUGAGCUGGACCAUGUGGAGAAACCAGAGAUCAACGUGACUAGCAGUGAUGGGCUGGGUGAGGCAUCAUGGAUAAAGGGCCAGCAGAACCUGCCCAAGGCGCAGCUGGAGAGGCAGCAGAACCUGCCCAAGGUGCAGCUGGAGAGGCAGCAGAUCCUGCCCAAGGCGCAGCUGGAGAGGCAGCAGAUCCUGCCCAAGGCGCAGCUGGAGAGGCAGCAGAUCCUGCCCAAGGCGCAGCUGGAGAGGCAGCAGAUCCUGCCCAAGGCGCAGCUGGAGAGGCAGCAGAACCUGCAGGUGAAAAAGAGAGUCAGACUACGCAACGACGACAGCUGGAUCCGCCAGUGUUCCACCAGCAAGCCUCCUGCCGCCGGACUCAUCAGGAAAGGCAAGUCUCUCGACAACCUGGACAUCUGCUCUUCCUGGCACUCGUCGUGGACACCGGAGAGCACCUCCUCCAUCCUCAACUACAGUUGGCCUCACUCUGCCCUCAACAGCUACAUCGGCCGGGUCGGAGGUCAUUCCGGCUCAGCCACUAUGUCCUCUCUCUCCAUGAGCUCCCUCAGAGGAGCCGGGUUUGGAAGCCCCAAGUCCCAGUCAUUCCUAUCCGUGCAUGAAAGCAGCAGGACAGUGAGUAGCAAGGAAAUGUGUACGUUGUGUGGCACGGCGCUGGUCAAGGGAGCCGCCAUGGUCAUCGAGUCCCUGGGGCUCGUUUAUCAUUUGAUGUGUUUCAAGUGCAUCAACUGUAAGUCCGAGCUGCUGGGCGCAUCGGAGGUCGGAGCGGAGGUCAGAAUACGGAACCGACGCCUCUUCUGUGACUCCUGCUACGUGACUGAAAAGUGGACAGUCAACCUCCGUGAGAAACGAGUCAAAAGAUUUUCAGAAGUAAAGCAAGAUACACCAGCAGUGUUGUUUCCAAAGGGAGCAAAUGAAACACAGUGGGCAGAACAAGGAGUUUCAAGUGAAGUUUUAUUGUCACAUGCACAGGAUCAAGCAGGUCUAACACAGUACAGUGAAACGUUAACUUGUGAACUCUUUCCCAACGAUGCACAAGGAAGCCAGUGAGAAAGAAAUAAAAACAGGACAUGAGAGAAGAAACAUGAGGAUGCUGUUAUAUACAGGUCUGAUAUACAGGUCUGGUAUACAGGUCUGAUAUACAGGUCUGAUAUACAGGUCUAAUAUACAGGUCUAAUAUACAGGUCUAAUAUACAGGUCUAAUAUACAGGUCUGAUAUACAGGUCUGAUAUACAGGUCUAAUAUACAGGUCUAAUAUACAGGUCUAAUAUGCAGGUCUGAUAUACAGGUCUGAUAUACAGGUCUGGUAUACAGGUCUG